UGUGUGUGUGUAAGUGUGUGUGUGUUUGCCGGCUGGAAUUUCGCCCUCUGACGUCACUGCCUGUUACUCUCCCAGAUUUGGGAAAAAGAAGUUUCACUUUAAGUGGGGAUUUGAAACUCUGUGAUUCCUAGAAAGCGAGGUCUGUGAUCAGCUGGUGAUUCAUUUUUACAUCUGAAAAAAAAUUACAAGAUUUCUCAACUCCAGAAACAUGUGGGGUGGACAUAAUGAUGGUGACCAGCAAGGUCAUGUGAGUGCUCGAAUGGAGACCAGCUUACCCAUGGGUACAACCAGCAUUUCUAUAUCCCAGCAGCAGGCUCCGAAAAAGUUUGCUCCUGUUGUGGCUCCCAAACCCAAGUUCAACCCUUAUAAACAACCCGGGGAUGCAACACACGAGGGUGACUAUCCUCCACCUCCUCCACCUGUGGUUGACCCCAGUGGGCUGCCCUCCCCUUCUAGCUUCCCACCUCCUCCACCCAUGGAUGAGACUUCUCUUGGCUUUCAGAUAAAAGGACCUGAGAAAACUCUAGAAGAGAGACGCUCCAGUCUGGAUGCUGAGAUUGAUUCGCUGACCAGUAUCCUGGCUGACCUAGAGAGCAGUUCACCUUAUAAACCGCGCACACAGCAGAAUUCUGCCAGUCCUGCUGCAACAGGCUCUAACGCCCCUGUUACAGGCUAUCGGCGCAUGGUGAUUCCAACCCAACCCCCUCUAACCGCCACCAAGAAAUCCACCCCGAAACCACAGGCGCCUCAAAACGUCACUCCACCAGCUUCAUCUUCUCCAAGACCUCAGUUCCAGCCUGCACCCCAGCCUGUACCAGCGUCCUACACCACCGCCUCCACACCGAGCCAGCCCACCUUUAAUGUUCAGGUCAGGGCUGCUCAGCCUGCCCCUCAGCAGCAACCGGUGCGUGGUCCAGGACAGGUACAGUACAUGCCGGCUCAACCCAGAGCUCCAGAAUUCGCAUAUGGGCCUCCACAACCUGGAUUCUGCCCUGCUCCAUCUGGAGGCUACCAGGACCAGCAUUAUGGGGUAGCUCCUGGUUAUGGAGGACAGAACACAUGGAGGGCUGAACCGAGCCACCAUCCUGCUCCAACACCCAGCCAAGGGUACCAGCCUGCUCCUCCCAAAAAAACCUACAUCACUGACCCUCCUGCCAGCCUGGCACCCUUCGCUGGUGGGUCCUCUGCUCCUCAUAAGGGUCGUCCAGAGGAGGAACUGGACCGCUUGACUAAGAAGAUGCUGUAUGACAUGGAUAAUCCCCCAUCUGAGGAGUAUUUCGGUCGGUGUUCAAGCUGUGGGGAGAAUGUGGUUGGAGAGGGCACAGGUUGUACCGCCAUGGACCAGGUCUUCCAUGUGGACUGCUUCAUCUGCAUGACCUGUGGCUCUAAGCUAAGAGGGAAGCCCUUUUAUGCCGUGGAGAAGAAGGCUUACUGUGAACCCUGCUAUAUCAACACUCUGGAGACCUGCAACAUAUGUUAUAAGCCCAUAAUGGAGCGCAUUCUGAGGGCUACUGGGAAGGCCUAUCAUCCCCAGUGCUUCACCUGCGUGGUCUGCCAUCGGAGUCUGGACGGCAUUCCCUUUACUGUGGAUGCCUCCAACCACAUCCACUGCAUCGAGGACUUCCACAAGAAAUUUGCUCCUCGUUGCUCUGUGUGUAACGAGCCCAUAAUGCCAGCACCUGGUCAGGAGGAGACUGUGCGUAUUGUUGCCUUAGACCGUGACUUCCAUGUGCAGUGCUAUCGCUGUGAGGAUUGCGGCUGUCUUCUCUCUGAGGGAGACAACCAGGGUUGUUACCCUCUGGAUGGCCAUGUCCUCUGCAAAAACUGCAACACCAGUCGCAUCCAGGCCCUCACCGCCAAGGCCACGACUGACCUCUGAAUGGCUCACACGUGUACAUGCAGGUCCCCUAAAAUCCCUGCACUCAUCAAAACCUGAGAAUCACCAUAUCCUGUCAUAUCACUGCACACAAAUAUUUAUGCCCAGACAAAUGCACACAUACACGUAAAGCUGUCUUUCCACCAAUAUAAGGUGCCUUGUAUUAAAAUUGCACUCAUUUA